AGCUCCGUCCGUUUAUUUCCGGGUGGUACGAGGCUGCUCCGGUUACAGCUCCGCAAGCAUCAGCUGAUUCAGCCUCCCUCCUCCCUGAUCCAUCCACAAGCACCGCCGGAGGCCGGGACACAAACAGAAACAACCACCGGGACGCGUCCGCAGUUGAUGUCUUGUAGCUGAAAGCCAAAGCAGGAGGGCAGCAGGCAGGAGUUAUGGCGGCGUCGCUUCUCUCCGAGACCGACAUCAGGCACCGGUCCAUGGCGGAGGAGGAUCCGAAUGGGAAUGAGCACGGGGCGGCUGCACGCAGCGCGGCGCCUCGCUGGGGGCCGCAGCACGCCGGAGCUCGGCAGCUGGCACGGCUCUACUCGCCAGGUAAACGACUCCAGGAGUGGGUAUGUGUGAUUCUGUGCCUCUUCCUUUUCAUCAUCAACUUCUCCUUCCUCCUCCUUCACUUCUCCACCGUCCACAUCUACAAGAUCAUCCUGGGCAUCGUCCUUGGAAUAGUGACGGCAGAUUUUGCCUCGGGGAUGGUACACUGGGGUGCAGAUACCUGGGGAUCUGUGGACAUCCCUGUUAUUGGCAAGGCAUUUAUUCGACCGUUCAGGGAGCACCACAUCGAUCCAACAGCCAUCACUCGCCACGACUUCACUGAAACCAAUGGCGACAACUGUAUGAUUCCCAUCCUCCCGCUGGCUCACAUGGCCUACAAGUUCCUCACACACACACCAGAGGCCUUGGCGGCGUCCUACCCCUGGGACUGCUACAUCUUUGCCUUGGCGGUGUUCGUGACGCUGACCAAUCAGAUUCAUAAGUGGAGCCACUCCUACUUCGGCCUCCCACGCUGGGUCACGCUGCUCCAGGACUGGCAUCUGGUGUUGCCACGGAAACACCACCGCAUCCACCACGUCUCGCCGCAUGAGACCUACUACUGUAUCACUACAGGUUGGUGUAACUAUCCACUGGACCAGCUGGGUUUUUGGAGACGGAUGGAGCAAUUGAUUGAACAUGUGACGGGGCAGAAACCGCGAUCAGACGACCUGGCGUGGGCCAAGAAGACCGACUGAUGGACCAACACAGCGACACCAACACCAGAGGGAUGGAUGUAGGGAUGGGCAUGUAGAUGCAAACACACAUUUUAAUCAUGUCUCUGUGCUUCUUGCUUUUUUUGGCUCAAGAGCAAACAAAGAAACCAUGAAAAAAAGAGAAAGAUUCUGGAUGUGCUGCAGACAGUUCUACCACACAGGAAGUUAAAGCGCUACCAGCUGAGAAGGCUCUGCUGUAACCCCCCGUCUAACCAAUGAGGUGUGCUGGUGUGGGAGGUUUCUGGAGGUUGGGCUCUCCAGAAGUGAACCCAGGCUGCCUUAAGCAGGCGGUUUCUUACACCACACACUCACACAUUAAAAACACACAGAGAAGGAAUUUAACAGUGAAACAAUCAGCCACCGUCUCUGUCUCUUUUCGUCGUUUGCUUGUGUCAUUUUUUUCUAAUGUUUAGUUGUUUUGUUGUAUUUUUCUUCUGGAAAAUUCCCUUUAGAAACUUUGCCGCCUGUUUAAAAUGAUUACAGCUGCAUUUACACACACAAGAAGGUGAAAAUCUGAUGAUUGUGUGUGUUGGAUUUUGAUUUCAGAGUUAAAAAGUCUAAACUUGUAAGCAGUCAGGUUGCAGAUGAAAACUCCCACAGUCCAUCUUUAUUGUUCUGUCAUUUCUGAUUGAUAUUUCUUUACUUUCUUUAUUUUUUAUGGAUUCUACCACAUGUAUAAAUGCAAGCACUUCUAAAUGAAUCUCUUGCUUUAAAACUCACCACUUGGAUCUUUGGAUUCAUAGAGAAGUGGGAUAGUUUAUGGAAGUUUCUCAAGAAAUGAUAUCCAGUUGAGUCUGCAUCACAUUUAGAAAUGUAAUAAGUUAGUUUUAUUGAAAAAUAGUUUUGUAUGUUGUCUCUCUUUAUGUGCAUAACUUACUGCUGUUGACUAAAAAGGGAAGAACAGCCUGGUUUUUAUCUUUGUUGAUGGACAGAAAAGGGAGCUGAGCUUCCUUGUGAAAUGUGGGUAAAGUAAGUUGGUGAAAGGUGUAACGUAGGUGAAGAAUCUGAGGAUCUUUACUGAUCUCACUGGUCAGGGGCUUUGAGUGUUUGUUGCCUCUACUGCUGCUUGACAAAGUUGAACUUUUUAGUUUUCAAGCUAUGCUCGCAAAGCAAAGCCACAGACCCAGAAUUCAGUCAGACGAGGUGAGAUGAUGCUCCAUUUAAAGUGGGAAUCUGGUCUAAGACAAUCCUGUAAAAUUAUGUUUUAACCUUUUUUUUUCUUUUCUUUUUUUUCUUAAAAUACCCCCCUAAAAUCCUUUCCUAUGUGUGUAAAAAAAAAAAAAAAAAAAAAAAAAAAAACAGGUUUUCAUUUUUAAUAAGUUCAGUAUAAUUCAGUUUGUACAACAAAGUCACCUCAUGUCUGUUUUAUAGACAGUCCAAUCCAUUCUAGUCCUAUUAUAAUCCAGUUAAAUCCAUUCUAUGAUCCACAUUAGUCCAGUUUAUAAUAACUGUGUUCAUAGAAACCAAUUCAUAAAAAUAACUACUUGGCUAAGGAAACCAAAGGAUGGCAUCAAAUCUUUGAUCCUCCAUCCUGUGCAUGUACAAGGCCGCAGUGGAGAGGAAAAAUUACACCGGUGGGGGAUGAGGGGUCAACAAGCACCAUAACUCCUUAACACACCUGCUGAGAUGUCCAAGAUGACAUCAAAAUCUUUUGCAUAAAUAGUCAUUUAUGACUGAAACAUGGCUAAAGAUCUUUGCAAGGUUUUUAAUGGCUUUGAUUUAAUAUUUGGGCCAAAAUUGUUAGAUUCAGGUCUUGACUGCUUGUUUAUGAGCAGGUUGAACGUGCAGCCACAGAAAAACUGUUGUUGAGCUUGUGGUUUUAAAAGAAUAUAAAGUUGGUUCACUCGGUACAAAAGCAUGGUUUACAUUGUGCAGGAAUGUGAGCAAAUGAGUGCGAGUGUGAAUCUGGUCAUCAAUCCAGUCCAACAUGAAAUUCCAAGUGAUGGUCUUGUCUCAUCUAUAAAAUACCUUUUAGAUUCUACUGGUUUCCUUUGUUCCAUCAGAUUUGAACUUUUUCACUGUUUAGCUGAGUUUAACAAAGUUAAUCGUGUAGAGGGCUCGGGAAAUGAGAAAUGUACCAUACAUCACAGUAACUAAGUCAUUGUUUCUGAUUUAAAACAAGACCUGAUGCUCACUGGUGGACUAGGUCAGACCAGGUGGAAUAGGUUUACCAGGUCAGAUGCAGCUGUUCUGUAUCUGACCUGGUAAAGAUUAAAGUCACCGGACUCGCCAGCUGUUUCCCACCAGCUAGCAAUCGAUUCACUGACCAGCUUCUUUCCAUAUGACAUAGUAUUCCAGAUAUUCCCAGAGAUUAACAUAAUCCCAGAAUUCUCCUUGAGGUUUGAUUCAAGCUUGGACAGCUACUUAUUAUAAUGAAUUACAAUCAUUAGCAGUGCAGUCUGUACUGCCCCCUUUUGGUGACUCUUUGGUCUAUUUCAUUCUUUUCAAAAUAGAUAAUCAAUAUAAAUCUGGUUAAUAUUUCUUUAUUCAGGUCUUGACUGAAUAAAAACCCAACUAAGACUGAGCUCUGAUUCUACCAUCCAACUCUCAACUUCAUUGUUUCUUUUAGAAGUUAAGAAGCCACUAGCUUAGCAGCUCCUUUCACGCUGCCUGUUUAAGGCAGGAUGGAUGUUUAUUUGUUUCCCAUUAGUUUGUGUUGUCAAGCCUCUGAAUGGUCAGCAUAGAUGUAACUCACACUAAGUGGUUCUGUGAAACCAGCUUGCUGUGUGUAAGCACACACUGAUGCAGCGCCGAGCCACUUCGGUUCAGUCCAAACAACCAAAGUUUAACAGCAACAUCUUCACCAGGAAACUCUGGGUUUUUGGUGCACGUAUCACACAAUAGCUUUGUGAAAACAUCUGGAAAUCCCUCCAGUGAGCACACAAAUAUAACUUGAAUAUAAUUAGAUUUAGAUUUGAGCCCAGCAAGCUUUUCUUUCUUUCUUUUUUUAGCAUCUGUUCUACGCUAAGCCGGCUUCUAAUAGAUUCUUAGCGACAGCAGCAUGUGGCCAUAGUAAUCAGCUACAUUUGCUCUGCUGAUGCAGAAGUAGAGGCAGAACUGAACUGAAACGCGGGAUUUGGAUGACAAGCUGGUGUUUGUAUAUAGAUUUAGAUUCUGGAGCCGUUGUAGACAAAUCACUGUAAGUGAUUUAGUUUUAAUGGGGAAAAACUAUUUAAUGAAAGAGUUUAGUGUGUUUAAGAAGCUCUGAUCACCAAGAUGUGAUUAUUUUGCUAUAGUUUAGAAAAGUGACCAUUCAUUCAGCAUUUUAAGGUAAUUCAUUAAGUUUGAAAUGGAUUUUUCUUGUGUUGCUCGUAGAUUACGUUUUUUUCCUACACGUAAACUCUUUAAAAGCAGCUGGAGCUGUUCUGAUUGUGGCAUAAAUUUGGAUUAGUUUGUGAAGAAAAAGCUUGUGAAUCAUUUUGCGAUGCAUAUUUGACCGCAGCUGUAAAUAUUAACGUCAGCAUUGUGGACCUCUGAACCUGCAAACGAGAGACUCGUUACAGAAACGCAUCAGGCAGUUCUGACGAUGUGAAAGGAAAAUGCCACAACGCUGACACUUCCCAACUCUCUGCUGGAGAAUAGCUGCUUGACUUGUAGUUUUUAUUUCCUGGCUGAUAACAAGGUUCAGUAAUAACAGCACUUUACUGUUUUACAGAGUAAAUGUCUGAAAAUGUCCCUUAAGCAGUUAUUCACUCUUCACACACAUUCAGAGACUACGUCUCAUCUGCAUGCACACUCAGAGUAAAUCUCUUUAAUGCAGUCUCACACACAAACACACACUCAUCUGUUCACAGGUCACUUUGUUUUUCUUGUUUUCUCUGGCUUUAUAAUUUUCUAUUUUUUUAUUAAUGGAUCAAGCCUUGUAUACUUAAAUUCUGACGUUCCAUCUUGCAGCUCAAUGCUUGCUGCUCGUUUGCCUUAAUGUUUUUAUCUGCUACUUGAUUUCAAUAAAGAUUUAGUAACUCCAAA